AGCGACUGAGCACUGUACCACCUAUGAGGAGAGGGGGCAUACCAUCUUUGGGGUGGGGCAUAGAGGGUGUACCACCUUGGAGGAGAGGGGGCAUACCACCUAUGAGGGGAGGGGGCAUAUCACCUAUGAGGGGAGGGGGUGUACCAUCUGUGAGGAGAGGGGGGAGUACCACUGGGAGGGGGCAUAGCACCUAUGGCAGAGGGACGUGUAUUUUCUUGACAGAGUGUUAAGUGUUGACUUGGUUGGGAUGUAAGUGAUUAAGCUUUCUUUUGUCUAAGGUCCUAAGUCUCCAUUCCCACACACAUGAUGAGUGAAAAUGUUAAUGGAGGACAGAACCUUUUAUGGAAAAAACUGCUCUUUGCUCGCCUUCCUAAGCCUCCAUAAGCUUGGCGGCAUUUACAAGCAGAGAAUGUUCCUUCGGAGUAGAAUCCUGGAGGAGUCAUAAUUAUCAAGGCUAUCAUAGAUAGCCACAAGCAGGCUCAGAGGCUCAGUUCUUCAUUUCGUGUUAAUAAAGCGUUAUGGGGGGUGGGGGGGCAGAGUGGAAGGAGGGGAGCAAGGGAUGGUAGUGAGUAGUGGAACUGCAGGGAAACCUUACUGAUUUGAGGUGCCACCGGAAUCCCUGUGGCCUCAACUUAUCUGCCAUGUUUUCUUGCAAUUUUUCCGACCAGCUACCUCAGCGGCUACCGUCGUUGCCAUCACAACUCCAGCUGCCGUUAACCGUGAACUCUCGCGAGACACGAUCACGGGCCAAGACAAGGGCCAGGGUGAAGAGAGCGAAGGUUGCCAUGGUGGACGAGCAGAGCCUAGCGAAACUUUUUUCCCUGAAUGAUGACCAACAAUGGGAACUUCUAGGCAAGGGACAUGUCUCCACUAUUUAUGUGGAACGCCUUCAGGGCAUGUGUCUGCUAGUUCGAUCUGAACCUGACGGCUUACAGAUCUUGGAGUCAAAGAUAAAGCCAGACACGCCCUAUGAGAGACAACAAGAGACAUUAAUUGUUUGGUAUGAAGCUGAGAACAACGGUAUGGCGAUAAGCUUCCCGGACGCAGCAAGAUGUUAUGAGAUAUGGAAAGACAUCUGCCAGGUUCAAGGUAAGGACCCAUCUGCCGAUACCACAUAUGACGCCUUAGUUGAAUCCGAAGAUGAGACAUUGGAUGACGUGGCAGAGACUUAUGAAGUGCUUGAGCUGCCUGACUGUGAACUGGGUAAUCUUCACCAGAUUGCUCACUUAAUUGCCUCAGCUCUCACCUCAUCUCUGCAUAAGGAAAGGCUGGUUCUGUUAUUGGGAAAUGAGGACUUUAUUAAAAAAUUACUGCAGUUGUUCCACACUUGUGAGGACCUAGAGGAUACUGAAAGCUUACACGAUCUGCAUGACAUUGUUAAAGGGAUGUUACUUCUCAACAAGGCAUCUCUGCUUGAGAUCCUCUUUUCUGAUAAGUAUAUCAUGGAUGUGGUGGGAUGCCUUGAAUAUGACCCUGCCUUGGCUCAACCAAAAAGGCAUAGAGAAUUCUUAACCCAAAAAGUGAAGUUCAAAGAAGUUAUACCAAUAAUAGACCAUGAACUUCUGCAAAAAAUACAUCAGACAUACAGGGUACAGUACAUUCACGACAUCCUUUCUCCUAUCCCAUCUAUAUUUGAAGAGAAUUUUCUUUCUGCUCUUACAACUUUUAUUUCAUCAAACAAGGGUGCGAUAGUCAAUAUGCUGCAGGAAGAUGACAAGUUUUUGUCCACCGUUUUUGCACAGUUAAGGGAUAAGACUACAGAUGAUGAUACAUGGCGUGAACUGUUAUUUUUUUUCAAGGAAUUCUGUGCAUUUUCUCAGACAUUACAUUCUGAAAACAGGGAUGCACUAUUCAAAACACUGACAGAACUGGGAAUUCUUCCUGCUCUUAAAAUGUUAAUGAGUAUGAAUGACUUGCAAAUAAGGUCAGCUGCUACUGAUAUAUUUACUUAUCUGGUAGAGUAUAGUCCAUCCAUGAUUCGAGAAUUUAUAAUAGAAGACCAACAUAGUGAAGACAGCAUCCUUUUCAUUAAUUUAGUAAUUCAACAAAUAUUCUGUGAUACUGACCCUGAGCUAGGAAGUGCUUUUCAUUUAAUGGGAAUUCUUCGUUACCUGCUUGAUCCAAGUAACAUGACAACAUCUUGUCGUUGUUGUGAAAGUGAAUUUCUACAGUUCUUCUUUAAGCAUUGUAUGCAUAAUUUCUUAGCACCACUUUUGUCAACUACUUCAGAAUAUAUCCGUGACAAGGAUAAUAUAGUUGGAUCUGACGAAAACAACAAAAACUGUCUCAAUAAUUACCACACAGCACAGCUGCUUGCCUUAAUUUUAGAUCUGCUUUCAUUUUGUGUGCAACAUCAUGCAUAUUACAUGAAAAAAUAUAUUUUGGACAAAGACUUGCUAAGAAAAGUCUUGAUCUUGUUAAAUUCAAAGCACACUUUUCUAAACUUGUGUGCUCUUCGUUUUAUGAGAAGGAUGAUUGGCCUUACAGAUGAACUUUUAAAUCGUUAUAUCAUCGAGGGAAAUUUUUUUGAGCCGGUUGUAAAUGCCCUUCUAAAGAAUGGAACUCGGUACAAUAUGCUGAAUUCAGCUAUUGUUGAACUGUUUGACUACAUAAGAAUGGAAAACAUCAAAUCUCUUGUUGCCCAUAUAGUUGAAAAGUUUUAUGCAACACUUAAGUCAAUUGAAUAUGUUCAGACAUUCAAAGGAUUGAAGGUGAAAUAUGAGCAAGAGAAAGAGUGGCAAAAUCAAGUAGGGAAGAAUUUGCGUUCUGUAUUUUAUGGUAAAAUAUUUUGCAGAGGUUCCAGUGUCAUAGAGGAGGAGGAGGAAAUGAGUAUUAAUGAAAAUGUAAAAGAAGAAGCAGUUAAGCCACCACCAGAAAGUGAUUUUGAAGAUUAUUUUGAGACUGAAAAAGCAAAAGAAAAUGAAGACAAGGUAGAUACUCCCUCCCAAACAUCUUUUGGUGACUUCAAAGUUACUUCAUCCCAGUCUGCUGAUGCUGCUGAUGGAGCAAGUAACCCAAACUGCAGAAGCGUGAUUUCCUUAGUGGAUUAUUCAGAUGAUGAAGAAGAAGAGGAAGAUGAAACACCUCCCAGCAAAAGACCACAUCUUAGCCCAUAAAGUCUUUAUGGAAAACCCAUUGCAUUACUAAAUUCUGGUAAAACUUUGUAACAUUUGCUGAAGAGUCUGAAUCCAAAGCUUCCGUAUAUGCACACAUGUAUUUAAUAAAUAGCAAAGAUGUUCAUUGUUAUUAUCAUCUAGGAGAAUUUAGUUCUGUAAAAAAUCAGAUUUCAGGGUUGAUAAUCUAAUAUUAAUGUAUUUCUGUUUCAAGAGUAUAUACGAGACAUAGCUAUUAACAGUGCAGUUGCAAAGCUUGUAACAUCAUUUGCCCAGUGGUUCUGGCUAUGGUUUUCUUUUUUCAGUUCCUUCUUUGAAAUAAAAAUGUAUGUUUAUGUGGAAAAUAGAGUCAACUGUAAUAAAAAGUAAAGCUAUUCACUUUUCUGUGAAAUCUGAAAAUUUGACAAAAAAUCAAUCUUAUGAAUAAUUAGAGGGAAGUGACUUUUGGUGUGUAUUUUCAUGAAAAUAAAGGAAGCUGGAUUCAGAAUGUU